CAAGAUUGUAGCUAUAUUUAUUCAACGUCACGUUUAUAAGCUCGCAUUUUAAUUCUAUGUUUAUUUAUCAUAUCUUACUCAGAUCUCAGAAAUCCUCAAGUUUCUAUAGGGUUCGCGGAUAUUACCAGCAAAGAUGUCGAAGGGAAAUUGGGAGGAGCUCGCUGCUAAGAAGCGCGAGCAGUUGGAGAAGUCCAUCCCAGACGAGUGGCGCGUACCGAGCGAGCUCCUACCGCCCGCAGACCAGGACGAUGUCACCAGCUUCCCGAACGAGUCAAAAUGGUUUACAGCGGAGGAACUCGCCAUCACGAACCAGUCGGCAGUUGAGCUAAUCCCCAAGCUCGCGUCCGGUGAACUCAAGUCCGAGACCGUAACCCGAGCCUUCUGCAAGCGCGCCGUCGCCGCCCACCAGCUCACAAACUGCCUCUCAGAAACCUGUUUCGAGCGCGCCCUCACGACCGCCAAGGCACUGGACGAGCACCUCGCUAAGACAGGAAAACCAGUCGGGCCUCUCCACGGGCUUCCCAUUUCGCUGAAAGACAACUUCAACCUGAAAGGGCUAGACGCAACCGUCGGCUUCGCAUCACACGUAGGCGACCCAGCACCCUACGACGCCGUGCUAGCAGACCUCCUCCAAACCGCCGGCGCCGUCUUCUACGUGAAGACGAACGUGCCAACCGCAAUGAUGAUCGCAGAGAGCGUAAACAACGUCUUCGGACGAACCGUGAACCCACGGAACCGCAAACUAACCAGCGGCGGCAGUUCCGGGGGCGAGAGCGCACUGAUCGCAUUCAAAGGCAGCCCCCUGGGCGUCGGCACCGACAUCGGCGGGUCCCUGCGCAUCCCCGCGGCCUGCACCGGCAUCUUCACACUCCGACCUAGCUUUGGCCGCUUUCCCACCCUGCGCUGCCGCUCCGGCAUGCCCGGGCAGGAGGCCGUGCAGUCCGUCAACGGGCCGCUGACCCGCACGAUCGGGGACCUCGAGUUCUACAGCAAAACGGUCGUCGACGCCGCGCCGUGGCGUCUCGACCCGCGAUGUCUGCCAAUUCCCUGGCGUAGCGUGGCGCUGCCUUCGAAGCUAAAGCUGGCCGUAAUGUGGGACGACGGGAUGGCUCUGCCUACACCGCCUGUGACACGAGCGUUAAAGCACGCCGUAGCGAAGCUCGAAGCCGCAGGCCACGAGAUCGUGGAUUGGUCGUCGCGGGACCAAGCAGAGGGGCAGGCGCUGCUGAACCGCAUGUUUGUGGCGGACGGGGGGAAGGCGAUUAUGAGGGAGCUGGCUCGCACGGGGGAGCCAUUGAGGCCGGAGAUGGCGAUGUACGGGACUGCGAGGGAGCUCAGCGGUUUCGAGUACUGGCAGCUACAUAUGGAUCGCCAGGCGUACCAGAAACGGUACCUUGAUCGGUGGUUGGCUGCGGGGAUUGAUGCGAUUUUGUGUCCUACGACUCCGUAUAGUAGUGUGGAGAAUGGGAAAUUCGAGCAUGUUGGCUACACGGGCGUCUACAACGUGUUGGAUUACUCCUGCAUCUCCUUCCCCACCGGCAUCAAUGCCGAUAAAUCCAUCGAUGUCGCGCUGGGUGAAACGUACAAACCACUUUCAGAUCUAGAUAAGGGCAUCCAAGCUAAUUACAAUCCCGACGCUGUUCACGGAAUGCCCAUAAGUCUGCAGAUAAUAGCGCAGAGACUAGAGGAAGAGAAAUGUGUAGCGAUGUGCAAAGAAGUCUUGGGCGCAUUCGCUGUAUAGAUUUUAGAUCUGGUUUAGCUAAAGAUUAGACGAGUCAAGGAAUCUAGACGAGAAGCCCAAAUAGAUCAAUAUUAAUGCCGUU